AUGUACCUGACGGCCGCCCUGAUAUCUCAGGUAACCGCCUCCCCACUUGCUGAAUCUUCGGGAGAUUCUGAAAACCUUUUCGAAACGAGCCAAGAUUUAGGAGAGCUGAAUCUGGAAUCCCUCGCCCUUUACAUCCGGAGUGUUGCCGUACAACUGCGCAACCGGCAGUUGUGUGAUUUUUUUUCCCUGUGUGACGGAAGUAUGAGUUCGCUGCAAAUGUACAACAUGCAGCUGCCACAACUUACGCAAGGUGACCGAUGUUACAGGAGGUCCUUUCGAAAGAAAACAUGUUUGACAAAGAUCGUCAAGAGCCUUCAUGAGUACAAAAGCUAUCUACAAUUUGUAAAGCAAGGUACUGAAGAUGAGAAACACCAAGUGGACUCAAUGCUGAUGAGCAUGAAAAAUUUAGCUGAUUUACUCCAGACCAAAAUUCAUCAGCAGCAUGAGGAGGUUUUAAUCCCAGACAUGUUGUCUAAGGGUGUCUGGAAUAAACAAGUGAAAAUUCAUGUGAUUCUUAGAAAUUUUGCUCUUUUUAUGGAGAGUGCAAUUCGUGCCAUCCGAUUCAUAAAGUGA